GAGCCAGUCUCGUGAUUGGUCGUAUGCCUCCCCAUUGACACACAUUGCUUCCUGCUCACGCGAAGGAAAUCAAUAGUAGAAAAGUUUAAAGUUUUCACCUACAUCUGUAGCACCGAUGCAACUGAUGUCACAGAACUCAAAAUGAGACUCUGUCACCGCAGCGCAUUGCUCGCGCUUUUCUUCGCUACGUUGUUGCAGUCGGUCUGCAGCGACUUUGAGACUCUCGCGCAUCUCAGAGCGAAAGCGAGCGAUAAAACUCAGUCCAGAGCUGUGGUGGACCUGCUCAGGCGACUGCUGGGCGACAGAGCUCGGGAUUUCAUCGUGUCAGUCAACAGGACUCUGUCCAAUGACACUUUAGACGUGUGUGAGCUGCGAUCCGCGAAAAACAACAAGAUCAUAGCAGUGGGCAGCACGGGAGUCGCGGUGGCCACCGGGAUAUACAACUAUCUGAAAUACUUCUGCAACUGCCAUGUGUCCUGGUCUGGAGACCAGUUAAAUCUCCCCCGACCCCUGCCUCCUCUCACCGGCGUCCUGCGCAUCAGCACACCGCACAGGUUCAGGUACUAUCAGAAUGUGUGUACCCAGAGUUACUCCUCCGUGUGGUGGGAUUGGCCAAGAUGGCAAAGGGAGAUUGAUUGGAUGGCACUGAAUGGCAUAAAUCUUCCAUUGGCAUUCACUGGACAGGAGGUGCUAUGGCUAGAGGUUUAUCAGUCUCUCGGUCUGAACCAGACUGAGAUGGAUCGCUUCUUCACAGGUCCAGCUUUUCUAGCGUGGAACCGCAUGGGAAACCUGUUUCAGUGGGGAGGACCACUUCCUCAGUCUUGGCAUGUCAAACAGCUCAGCCUGCAGCUUAAAAUCUUGGAGCGUAUGAGAUCUUUUGGGAUGAUUCCUGUAUUGCCUGCUUUUUCAGGGAUCGUACCUGAAGGUAUUACCAGGUUGUUUCCCCAAGCAAACGUGACAAAGCUGAGCCCCUGGAGCCAUUUUAACUGUACCUACUCCUGCGCCUAUGUGCUGGACCCACGCGACCCGCUCUUCCAGCGAAUAGGAAGGCUUUUUUUGACCCAGGUCAUCACGGAGUUUGGAACAGACCACAUUUACAACACAGACACCUUUAAUGAGAUGAUCCCAGCCUCUUCUGACCCCACGUACCUGGCGUCUAUCAGCCGUGCCGUUUUCAGUACUAUGACUUCAGUGGACCCUCAAGCAAUUUGGCUGAUGCAGGGCUGGCUAUUUAUCAGUGACCCUUCGUUCUGGAAACCAGACCAGGUCAAGGCCUUGUUACAUGGCGUCCCCCUGGGGCGCAUGAUUGUCCUGGAUCUCUUUGCUGAAUCCAUGCCUGUCUACUCUUCCACAAACUCCUUCUACGGCCAGCCGUUUAUCUGGUGCAUGCUGCACAACUUUGGAGGGAAUAGCGGUCUGUUUGGGACGGUGGAGAGCAUUAACUCCGGCCCCUUCAAUGCCAUCCGCUUCCCGAAUUCAACCCUAGUGGGUUUGGGUUUGACUCCUGAAGGCAUCGAACAGAAUCCAGUUGUUUAUGAACUCAUGAGCGAGCUGGCCUGGCGCAAAGAACCCGUCAACCUUUCCAAGUGGGUAUCGCUGUACGCCUUGCGGCGCUACGGUAGCAUGGAUGAGAACCUGCCGGUGGCCUGGCAACUCUUGUUUCAUAGCGUGUACAACUGCACUCUUCCACAAUACAAGAACCACAACCGGAGUCCUUUGGUGCAUCGGCCGUCCAUGCACAUGCAAACAGACAUUUGGUAUGAACCGGCUGACCUCUACAAGGCAUGGAAGCUUCUGUUCGAGGCCUCGUCAGGGUUAGUCACUCUGGAAACCUUCCGGUAUGAUCUUGUGGACGUCACGCGACAAGCUCUUCAGCUUCUUACAACGGAAUUCUACAAGGAAAUACGGAAUGCUUUCCAGGCCCAAAAGCUUCCUGACCUCCUGACCGCUGGUGGCGUGCUUGUCUACGAUCUCUUACCUGAACUGGACCGCCUCCUUUCCAGCAACGAACACUUCCUUUUGGGGGUGUGGCUUGAGCAGGCUCAGUCCCAAGGUGUGGACGAGCACGAGGCACAGCUGUAUGAUAUAAAUGCACGAAAUCAGAUCACCCUAUGGGGACCCAAUGGGGAAAUCCUGGACUACGCCAGCAAGGAGUGGGGUGGUCUAGUGGAAGACUAUUAUUUACAGCGCUGGGGCUUGUUUGUCAAUACGCUAGUGGAGUGUCUGGACAGAGGAAGACCUUUCAAACAGGAUGUGUUCAACCAGGCCGUGUUCCAGGUUGAGAAAGGGUUUGUCUACAACCAGAGAAAAUAUCCGUCCAAACCACUAGGCAACACAUAUGACAUUGUACGACGGAUCUUCCUCAAAUACUACCCAUAUGCACUGAAAAGCCUAAAAUGAAGAGAACUUAAUCUACAUAAACUUACCAUAAAACAUUUAGGGAUCAAACUGAAAUGGUGGCCAACAAUGGUCAAAACACCAGCUUGCAUUUUAUUUAUCUUUUUACUUUCUUUUAAAAUGAUGCCCAAACUAUUAUGAGAGACAUUCUAAGAAGUCUUGUAGAAACUUCUGAUUGCUUUAUAUAUCAGAUACUGAGGUUGAAUGUGUUUUUGCAAAAGCACAAUGCCACUGAGAAUGUCAGCAGCACAGCUACCAUUUUAAUUGUUGAAUUUUUAGGCCUGAAACGAAUUAUGUUCAAGUAUGCGAUCUAGUUAGCUCAGUUUUGCACAACCUUCUUAAUGCAACACAAGUACACUUUGCAUUCUCAUUGAGGGGUGCGAUAGCGGGCAUUAGCAAUGGCAAGGAAGAAACUGCAGAAAAUCUUGCUGAGAAAAUUAGUUAUUUCUAUCGCCCCCUUGAGGACUGUUGUCAAUGUUCUGGUAAUGGGUUGGCCAAGCAUUUGUAUCUGUGUUUGUGUAUUUGCAUAGAGUAUGUUUCUGGCCUUAGUCUUACCACUGUGCUAGUACAGAAAAAUGUUGUGCAUUUUUUUUCAGGUUUCUGAUGACAUUUCAGGUUUUUAUGUGUCAAAUAUACUGUAUAUACUUAAUCUAUUUUGUCACCCCUAGAAAUUGUGGACAUGAAGACAUUGUUGUAACUUUGCUGCUUUGUAAUAUUAAAAGAAACUGGGUCAUUCCUCCCGGCUAGAUCUGCCAGACAACACACUGCUACAGAAGUUGGCUAACAUUGUUUGUUGUGUUUUUUCAAUUAUAAAAUAGAUGCACAAAUAUCUUUGAAAUGAGUCUGUGAAGCAUUCUUCCGAUUGAUUUUAACUGUUUUAGGAGCUUGUUGUUACUCACAGACAGAUAGUCACUAAGACCUUAUUAGAAAUUGCUGAAAUUGAAAAGUUAUUUUUGUAUUUUUGUCAAAUAAAAUCUGUACUUUUAAUAUU